AUGAGCCAGUUGAUAGAAGUUUAUAACUGCAUUGAUGGUGCCGAGAAUAAGACGAGGAAAGGUGAUUUGAGUGAAUCGUUGAGUAGUUAUAAACAUGCUAUUGAGCUGCUGAAUGGGUUAGAAUGUCAAGGCGUUAGUUUAGAAAUUAUCCAUGCAAUACAGCUGCUUCGACAGGACAUUGAUGCUCGAAUCAAAGAAUUGGAAAGUUUAAUAGAAGGUCAAAAACCGAUAUCUGCUGCUGCUGUUGCGGCUGCAGUCGCUAAAAAUGGAUCUUUAGCGAGUUCCACAGGCUCUACUGCCAAGACAAGAGGUUGGGAUAGCCCUAGAAAUUUGAAUAGUUCAGUUAUGGGGCCUCCAGGAGAUCCCUUAUUAGCAUCGAUAUUUGGCAAAUUGCAGGCCAAUUUAGUCAAUUCCAUAUGCGAACAAUUUAAAGAAGAGGAUCCACAUAUUGUUGGAGAGGUGGAGAAUAGAGUUAGACAACAAUUGGUCAGAUUUAAGAAAGAAUUGGGACUCUAUGAGCAAAAAAAAUCAAAGGAUUAUAGUGUUAGGUUCGAACAAGCAAUUAAUGAGAACAAGAAGCUGUCAAACCAGAUACUAAAGCUUAGGGGAAGAUGGGAUUCGUUGGUGGAAAGUGCCAAGCAGAGACGUAGUAGACAACAUGAGGACUAA